AAACUAAACUGACUCAUGCGCAGGAUAUUGUAUUAUCUAUUGUUUUCGGCAACAGAACGCAGGCGCUUCACGCAGCACGAUCUUCCGAGAGAGUGGAACAAAUGCGCAUGGAGCCAGCGCGUGGUGAGAACCAUUACCCCCCACCUACGCAUCGCUGAUUGGCGUUACGCAGGUAGCCGGCUAUCAUUUUAUAAACCAAAGGGUGGACCUCUCCCUCAGUCCUCUCCUGAUCUCACUGCAGGAUCUACUGCUCACAACUCCACGCCUGGACCCUUUGCCACCCAGUUGUCAGCUCAACAGAACGCAGGCAGAGCAAAGAAGAUGCGAAUAAGUUUGGUGCUGGUCACUCUGUUUCUUGUUAUGAAACUCCGAUCCACCCAAUCCAGAUGUGAGGAGCCUGGAUCGCGUAGACCCCUCUCAGACCCCAGUUUAGUGAACAGGCGGAACAUUGUGAGGAGGUCCAGUGAUUUGGAUUAUGACAGUUUUGUGGGACUGAUGGGCAGGAGAAACACAGAGGCGGCAAAUGAAUUACCGUCGGCAAAUAAAAGGGAGAUGCACGACAUCUUCGUUGGUCUUAUGGGACGGAGAAACUCAGAGACAGAUGAUGGUCCAUGGAGGAAAACGGACCCGGAGAGAAGGGGAGUCUUCCUGAAUAAGUGUAGACUCCGGUUUCGGCGUGGAUUUUGAUCCUGCCUUUCAGAGUACAUCUCAUCUGGCUAAGAUGACACCUCAUUACCGAGCAUACGAAAUGCAAAUGUCUCUGAACAUGGCACGGGAUAUUUUACAAUACAACCCUCCGGAUUGUUUAUGGCUGCUGUUGUGUUACAUGUUUGUAGCCUAUAUGAAUGAUCUGAACAACAAGCGUUGUUUAGAAUUGAAACAUGAAUCGAAUUAAUUUAUUUAUCUUAUUCCAUGCAAUUAAAAUAAACCAUUUUGUAAAUAAUGGAA